CCGUAGAGCGGCAGGUGCGCCUGCGCGGAAGCGUCGCGGCGUCGAGUCCGGCUGGUCUUGGAGAAAACUGCGGUAGCGACGCUCGGAGCUCGCCAUGAAGGCGCGCUUUAGCACCGUUGACCUCCGCGCCGUACUCGCGGAGCUGAACGCGAGUGCCGAAAACAUUUGAAGAGUCGGAGAUUAGUCAGUGCAAAACAGCUUGGUGUGGAUAGGAUUGUAGAUUUUCAGUUUGGAAGUGACGAAGCUGCUUAUCACUUAAUCAUUGAGCUCUAUGAUCGGGGGAACAUUGUUCUUACAGAUUAUGAGUACUUAAUUUUAAAUAUCCUAAGGUUUCGAACUGAUGAGGCAGAUGAUGUUAAGUUUGCUGUUCGUGAACGCUAUCCAGUGGAUCAUGCUAGAGCUGCAGAACCUUUGCUUACUUUGGAAAGAUUGACUGGAAUAAUAACCAGUGCACCUAAGGGGGAAUCACUGAAGAGAGUUCUUAACCCAUUACUUCCCUAUGGACCAGCUCUCAUUGAGCACUGUCUCAUAGAAAAUGGAUUCUCUGGCAAUGUCAAAGUGGAUGAAAAGUUUGAAAGCAAAGAUAUUGAAAAAGUGCUUGUUUGUAUGCAGAAGGCAGAAGACUAUAUGAAAACAACAUCCAACUUCAGUGGAAAGGGGUAUAUCAUCCAGAAGAGAGAAGUAAAGCCACGCCUGGAAGUAGACAAACCAAUUGAAGACAUGCUCACGUAUGAGGAAUUUCAUCCUUUCUUGUUUUCCCAACAUUCUCAAUGUCCAUAUAUAGAAUUUGAAUCAUUUAACAAGGCCGUGGAUGAAUUUUAUUCGAAGAUAGAAGGUCAGAAAAUUGAUUUAAAAGCUUUACAGCAGGAAAAACAAGCAUUGAAGAAAUUAGAUAAUGUCCGAAAGGAUCAUGAAAACAGAUUAGAAGCUCUUCAGCAGGCUCAGGAAAUAGACAAACUGAAAGGAGAGCUCAUAGAGAUGAACUUACAGAUAGUGGACAGAGCCAUUCAGGUGGUUCGAAGUGCUUUGGCCAAUCAGAUAGACUGGACAGAAAUCGGCGUCAUUGUGAAAGAAGCCCAAGCUCAAGGGGACCCUGUUGCAAGUGCAAUCAAGGAGUUAAAACUGCAAACAAAUCAUGUUACAAUGCUGCUAAGAAAUCCAUACUUAUUAUCAGAGGAGGAAGAUGACGAUGUUGAUGGUGACGUCAGUGUUGAGAAAAAUGAAGCUGAACUACCAAAAGGAAAAAAGAAAAAGCAAAAGAAUAAACAGUUACAGAAGCCUCAGAAAAAUAAGCCAUUGCUUAUUGAUGUUGAUCUCAGCUUGUCAGCAUAUGCCAAUGCCAAAAAGUAUUAUGAUCAUAAGAGAUAUGCUGCUAAGAAAACACAAAAGACUGUUGAAGCUGCUGAGAAGGCAUUCAAAUCAGCAGAAAAGAAAACAAAGCAAACACUAAAAGAAGUUCAAACAGUUACCUCUAUUCAAAAAGCAAGAAAAGUAUAUUGGUUUGAGAAAUUUCUGUGGUUCAUUAGCUCAGAGAACUAUCUAAUUAUAGGUGGACGAGAUCAACAACAGAAUGAAAUAAUUGUGAAAAGAUAUUUGACAUCAGGAGAUAUUUAUGUACAUGCUGAUCUUCAUGGAGCUACCAGCUGUGUAAUUAAGAAUCCAACAGGAGAGCCCAUCCCUCCGCGGACACUGACUGAGGCGGGCACGAUGGCACUUUGCUACAGUGCUGCUUGGGAUGCGCGAGUUAUCACUAGUGCUUGGUGGGUGUACCAUCAUCAGGUUUCUAAAACAGCACCAACUGGAGAAUAUUUGACAACCGGAAGCUUCAUGAUAAGAGGAAAGAAGAAUUUCCUCCCUCCCUCAUAUCUAAUGAUGGGAUUUAGUUUCCUCUUUAAGGUAGAUGAGUCUUGUGUUUGGAGACAUCGGGGUGAACGAAAAGUCAGAGUGCAGGAUGAAGACAUGGAGACACUGGAAAGUUGCACAAGUGAACUUACGUCAGAAGAAAUGGAACAACUAGACGGAGGCAACACCAGUAGUGACGAAGAUAAAGAGGAAUUAGGUGAAGCACCUGUCGAAGCAGAACUAGUGACUCAUGUUGGCCAAGAGGAUGUUACUGUUCAGACUGAUGUAGAUAAAAUAAAUGAGGGACUGGGUCAGGAAGAAAGCUCUGAAGAUGAAGGAGAAUCUGAAGAAGUCCUAAAAGAUCAGGAGCCUAUUGGUGACCUGAAGGAUGAAGAGGAAGGGAUGGAGUAUCCUGAUACUACCAUUGACUUGUCUCAUCUUCAAUCCCAAAGGUCUCUCCAGAAACUGCCUUCAAAAGAGGAAUCUUCUAAUUCAAGUGAUAAUAAAUCACAGAGCCGAAGACAUUUGUCAGCCAAGGAAAGAAGGGAAAUGAAGAAGAAAAAACUACCAAGUGACUCUGGAGAUUUAGAAGUGAUAGAAGAAAAGGACAAAGAGAAAGAAAGUGCCGUACACACUGAAGCUCAUCAGAACACAAGCAGAAAUGCAGGUGUACAGCCAAUGAAGCGAGGACAAAAGAGUAAAAUGAAAAAAAUGAAGGAAAAAUACAAAGAUCAGGAUGAAGAAGAUCGUGAACUUAUUAUGAAAUUGCUGGGAUCUGCAGGUUCAAAUAAAGAAGAAAAAGGGAAAAAGGGGAAGAAAGGAAAAACAAGGGAUGAACCUAUAAAGAAACAGCCCCAGAAACCUAGAGGUGGACAGAGGGUUUCAGAUGGCAUUAAGAAAGAGACUCAAUCCCUUGAGGUUUUAACUCAGGAGUUACAAGACUUCGCUGUAGAUGAUCCGCAUGAUGACAAGGAAGAACAAGAUCUGGAUCAACAGGGAAAUGAGGAAAAUCUGUUUGAUUCUUUGACGGGCUGUCCACAUCCUGAAGAUAUAGUACUCUUUGCCAUUCCAAUAUGUGCACCUUACACUACCAUGACAAACUACAAAUAUAAAGUGAAACUUACCCCUGGAGUUCAGAAAAAAGGAAAAGCUGCAAAAACAGCUUUGAAUAGUUUCAUGCAUUCCAAAGAAGCAACAGCAAGAGAAAAGGAUUUAUUUCGCAGUGUAAAGGACACAGAUUUAUCAAGAAACAUUCCUGGCAAAGUGAAAGUGUCUGCACCCAACCUUCUGAAUGUAAAAAGGAAAUAGCUGAAAUGAAAUCCUAAAAUAUAUGAGAAGAAUCAAUUUUAUAGCCUUUUGGAAGUUAAGAUGAAAACACCAUGUAACAGGACUUCCGCAUUUAAAAAUGAACUAAUCAUUGCCUUGCUAUAUUCACCAAAAGGACUUAAUUCUUGUUUUUUCCAGUUUUAUAUAGAGGAAAACUGUCUGUGAUAGGAUUUCCUAAAAUAUAUGUCCAAAAGCUAAAUGUAAUUAUAUACAUCUGUAGUUAUUCUACAUUUUGUUGAAAUUUGAGAGGUUAAUACUAAGUAUUCAUUUCAUGAUACAAAGAAAUUGGAUAGUUGACGUGGUUUGAUUUGCUUAAACUACUGACAAAGCAGUCUACUGUAUAUAAAAUCUAAAAUAUAUAUGUAUACUACAGGCCAAUCACAAGGGGUUUUUGUUCUUGUUGUGGGAGUGGGGGCAAUUAAACAUUCAGGGUUGUAUCUUGAAAACCUUGUCAAAAAUAUAUUAGACCAGAUGUAAAUAUUAAUAAUUCCCAUGAAUCAACUCGACGAUUAACACCUAGAAAAAACUGGCAGUGAUCAUGCCCGUGCAUUUACACAUCUUCACUCUUCAUUUUUCCCUGUGAUAUGAGUUCUGUACCAUUUUCUUUUCCGUCUUUAGUAGUUACCAAUAGCAUGUUACAGAAUAUCUUAACCUGGAAUAUCAGAAGUGCGCUUUUAGGCUAACCACUACAGACUCCUGACUCAGCUUUCUUCUGUCUCCUAUCAGAAUGGAGAGUAAAAUUAUACAUUAUGUCCAUUCCUUCAUGAUCUACAGAACGGUUACUUUUUAACUGAUUGCAAAUCACCUGCUUAUAGUCAACAUACCCACUCUCCCUAGCCCCUGCACCAAAGCGGCAAGCCUGCCGUGCACUGCACACCUUUUGGUCCCUUCAUAGUUCUUAGUCCCAUGGAGAAUAGUUUUACCUUGGAAGUUCGUGUUUAAAAAAAAAAAAA